AUGACGGACUCAAAGCAGCAAACGGCCGCUCAGACGCAGAAAUCUUCGGACUUGUCCGUGAAGGAGAAUGAAAAUGUGGCCAAAGCUGAGGUCUGGAGGCUGCCGAAGCAGUUUCAGCCAGCAGUGGAGAAGAGGAAAUCUUACAAAGGCAGCAUCAGGCAGCAAAUGCAGGCUCAGGAAAGAAAAAUUAAGUCACUGGCUCAAGAACACAAAGAGGCGCAGCAGAUGCUGAGCCAGAUCGUGUCCCUGAGAAGCACGAUGCCGGACGACAGGAAUUGUGAGGUGCAGCAGUGCCUUCUGCAGACCAAGGAUCGGUGCAAUUCUCUGAUCAGAGACAGAAAAGCCCUCUUAGCUGAUCUGGACAAGGAGAUACUAGAGCUGGAAAAAAAGAUUGCAUGGCAAUACCGGAGAGCAGUGAAGGUGAAGCAAGUGAGAAACAGCAAGCGGCUGCAGAAGCAGAUGGAGAUGCUGGAGCUGGAUCUGUACAACGCCACUGUGCAUUUCAAUACCAUCCUGACCUGGAACAACAACCUCUGGGAGGAGAUCGAAAGCCUGCAAGCCCAGAAGGCCAUGUUGGACGAAUCCUACUUGAAGCUCCACACAAAUGUGCAUCAGCAGAGGAGGAGGAUGAGCACUGCCGUUGAGCAGGCUGAACAAGACUACGAGCAGUGGACGGAGCUCCUGGAGGAGUUUUCAGUCGAAUAUGAGAGGUCCAGCAAAGACACUGUCCAGCACGAGGUGGAGAUGCAGAAGUGGGAGCAAGUCCUUGACCAGGAGGCCAAACCGAAAACCUUCAAGCUCACCAAAUUGACAGACCGCUCUGAGCUGGAGGAGGAGGCCAAAAAGCUCUCCAUCUCUCCCUCAGCCCAGAGGCCCAAGAGGAGCCAUGGGGAGAGUUUCGAGAGACAGGAGGCGGCCUACAAGCACCUGCAGGAGCUGGCAAAGAACGGGGACGUCGACCAGCUGGUGCGUGAUUACAUCGACAAGGAGGAGGAGAACUUUGCAAGCCUCCGCAACAUCAUUGAGCAGAGCAACCAGCUGGAGAAGAUGCGGUGGAAGAUGAAGGUCCUCCAG